AUGUCCAAGUCAAGUUCCAAAAACAGCGGACAGACAGCAAUUACUCCACAACACUCGCCUUCUUAUCAUACCGCCUACAACAGUCCUGGAAUUCCAUCAGCUACCAUGUCUUCUUCUAUUAGCACUGCGCCUUUCUUUUCUGUUACGCUCGCUGGUCCUGCCACCUCCGCUUCUCCCAACGUUUCUUCAACAUUACCAGGUGGUGGAGACUAUUCCAGUCAACUGCGUUCUCCAACUGCUGCUUAUCCCUCACACUCUGAUUACACCGAACCUGCAUUAAGGAUUGAGGAUUCCUACGAGGACUAUGCUGACCAAGACAGUGUCGAGGGUCAGCAUCCUCGCAGUGGUGGUUUCUUUGGGUUUGGCAACUCUGCUUACCCAGCCACAGCCCAGCCUCCUAGUCUUCAUCCUACUUAUGAUAUUGGAUAUGGUCACCACGAUGAUGACAAUGAGAGUGACAGUCAAGCAUCUGAGAAAGAGUCAAGCAAUCCAUUACUGGGUAUACGCAAUCCAUUUGGCCAGUUUUUAAAGUCUAAACCAUUUGCUCAAGUCGAUCCAUUAUUUCAACCAUUGAUUGAAUCCACCAUCGAGGAUCAGGACGAGUCUAUUUAUGUUGAGCCUGAACGACGACCUUAUAGUGACAUUUCUGUUACCUUCAUUUACUUGACUGCUUUGCUGUUUAUGUUUGUUUGGGGUAUCGUAUCGGCAACCUCGUCAGGAUCGCUUCCUUCUUCAUCUAUCAUCUCAAAAACUCUUUAUUUUACUUUCUCCGAGUCUGCUGUCACGGUAUUGGUGCUCACUAUUAUAUCUGUCUUGGUGGGAGCCGCAUGGCUAGUUAUGCUAUCAUAUUUUGCAAGACCCAUCAUCUUUUUUACUGCAAUCGCUAUACCCGCUUCGAUUUUUCUAGUCUCGAUAAUCACAUUUUUUGUCUCGCUCUCCACUUCAUACGCUCCAAAGACACCUGAUGUACGAUCUGAAAUUCAAGUCAUGAUGGCUGUGGCAUUCUCUGGCAUCAUUAUCUCGAUUUGGCUAGGAACGUAUAUUUGGCGCAGGCGGAAUAUGGUGGAUACCAUGACUCAUGUUAUUGAGCUUUCGUGCGAUAUUUUGCAUCUCAAUCCAUCAUUGUUUGGACUUUCCGUAGCUCUUAUGAUUGCUCACUUCAUCUUCAGUGUUAUCUGGCUUGUGCUCUUUUCUCGGCUGUUUUUAGUUGGAAGUGUAAAGAUUGACAUUCCUGUGGGCAAUGGCGCCGACCCAGUUUUUGUUUCUUCGAAAACCACUCCUCUUAUCGCCGUAUUUUUCGUCUUUGUCUACUUUUGGACAUCGUCUAUUUUUCAAAAUUUGGAAAAAACAACUGUCGCAUCUGUUGUUGGUGGAUGGUAUUUUGAAGAGUUGAGUAUUUUUUUACCUAAAUCACCCACACAUAGCAGUGAUCAAACAUGGAGAAAUUUUCAACAUGUCUCUACAAAAUCCUUUGGCUCAGUUGCGCUUGCAUCGCUUAUUCUUGGUGCAGUACAGACCAUCAAGUAUAUAAUCUCCAAGAUUCGCAGUAGAGCAUCUCAAGGCUCCACGUUCAUGAGAUUCUUAUUGUCCACAUUGACCGUUGUAUCUCAAGUGAUUGAUGAUAUAUCUGGUUAUGCAUUGGUGAACACAGGUCUUACGGGAGAUCCAUUCUUGGAUUCGGCAUAUGCUUGCACGAGGCUUUUUCGACGUAAUCUCAUUUUAGGAUUAAUCACCCAAAGCGUAGCAAAAAUCAUUGGCGUACUUGGCCGAGUUUUGGUUGCAUCAACUGUUGGUUUAGCCGUGUUUUGGGGAGCCGUGAAUCGCACUUCAAAUGGUGUGGGCACAGAUGGAAACGAAUGGGUUGUGGCAAUUGUAUCAACCAUUGUGCCCUACUAUGUCAUGGGUGUCUUGACCAAAGUAGUGGAAAACACGAUUGAUGCCACGUUUAUUUGCUAUCUGAUUGAUUUGGAUACUAAUUCGUGCCAUUGCGAAGGCGCACAUCGCAUCUUCUCGGAGUCACUAAGCUGA